AUGGAGCACGCCGUCUACUUCUGCCUCUUUUUCCUUAUGCUGACCGAAGAAUCCGUCCAGAUCGAGGACAACAAGAUCCCCAGCUUGUGUGCGGGGCAGCCUGGAAUACCGGGGAACCCCGGCAUCCACGGCAGUCAAGGGCUGCCUGGCAGAGACGGACGUGAUGGCCGGGAUGGAGGAGUGGGGACGCCGGGUGAGAAAGGCGAGGUUGGACAGCCAGGUCCGUCGGGCCCCCGAGGAGACAGAGGCAGCCCUGGCAUAAACGGGCUGCCGGGCGAGAAGGGGACUCCGGGGGAGUGCGCGGUGGCGCCCCGCUCGGCCUUCAGCGCCAAGCGCUCCGAGACCCGCAGCCCACCUCUGGCCGACCAGCCGAUCGUCUUCGACAUCGUCCUGAUCAACGAGCAAGGGCAUUACGACGGGAACACGGGCAAGUUCCUCUGCGAGAUCCCAGGCCUGUACUACUUUGCCGUCCACGCCACCGUCUACCGCAUGAGCCUCCAGUUCGACAUCAUGAAGAACGGGAAGUCGGUGGCCUCCUUCUUCCAGUUCUACGGCAACUGGCCCAAACCCACCUCGCUGUCCGGCGGCACCCUCGUACGGCUGGAGCCCGAGGACGAGGUCUGGGUGCAGGUGGGGGUGGGGGACUACACGGGCUUCUACGCCAGCGUCAAGACGGACAGCACCUUCACGGGGUUCCUGGUCUACUCCUACUGGCCGAACUCUGCCGUCUUUGCCUGACCGACAGUGCCCUCCUCUCCACCGGUUAGUGGAGAACUCCCGGGGUCCUGUUCCAAAGUCUGCCACUGACAUUAUCCAUGGGGGAUAAUACAUGUGUCUUCUUAACCCAAGGGGUGUGACGCCCCCUGUAGUUAAUGCCCUUAUAAAGGUCUUAGGUUCUUUUCAUUGUGACCAGUACGAGACAUCCUCAAGCAGGGAGGAGAUAGCCAUGUGACAGAGAAACGAGUAACAUUUGUGUGUUUUGCUGUAGCACACAAAGCGUAUUCUUUGAUGGUGUAUAGCCCCCCCUCCCAGCCAAGCUGACAUGCGCUGGGCCAUAUCCCUGCCUCCUCUGCUUCCCAGUAGACAAAUGAGCUCCGGGCAGAGUCUCUAGCUGUGGAGUCAGGCUAACUUCCCUCACAGGGUUGUUGUAAGGAGAGAUAAGAGCGGGAUGGCAUUUUGCACGCUGAUAAAGUGCCAUAAAAGUAAUUCUAAGUAAUAGUAGUGUUAGUAACAGGCUUGUUCGUAGGUUGUCCUCUUCAUUUGGACACCACCAACGCAGAAGUCUCCGUCCACCUGUACUGGCCGUCAGUUCCAACAGAUAUUACAGGCAGUGUUCCCUCUAAGCUGAGUUAGUGUGAGCCAGCUCACAGUUUUUUAGC